AUGAAACUCUUAGCAUGGAACUGUAGGGGGCUUGGGAACCGUCCUGCAGUUCAAGAGCUUGUCGAUAUUGUACGAGCUCAAGAUCCCAUGGUGGUGUUCUUGUCUGAAACAUGGUCAGAUAGGGAACAGAUGGUUAGCAUUAAGGAGAGGUUAGUGUUUGAUGAUUUGUUUGUUGUCCCAACUGAUGGGCGAGGGGGGGGAUUAGCCUUGCUUUGGAGUGGGGGUGCAAAGGUUUGGGUGGAUAGCUUUUCGAAGUAUCACAUUGACUCCAUUGUAGAUGGAAAUUCAGAGAGUGCUUGUCGAUUAACGGGGUUUUAUGGAGAGCCGGAUACUAAUCAUAGAAUUGAAGGAUGGAAUAUGCUCCGAAUGCUUAAUUCCAAACCAAAGCUUCCUUGGGUUUGCUUCGGGGACUUUAAUGAAUUGCUUGAGGUAGAGGAAAAAAAAGGAGGCACUCCGAGAGCUCAUAAUCAAAUGCAAAUGUUCAGAGAUGUGUUGGACCAAUAUGGUUUUGUGGAUUUAGGGUACUCAGGGCCGGAUUUUACUUGGCAUGGGAGAUGGCGUAAUGAAUUGAUUUGGGAAAUAUUAGACCGGGGGGUGGCUAAUUAUGAUUGGUUGGCUAAGUUUCCCACUGCUAGAAUUCGUCAUCUGCAUUGUUUUACUUCUGAUCAUAGACCAAUUGUCCUUGCUCUUGAUUCUAAUGGGGAGGCGCAAAGGUGGAGAAGGAAACCCUUCAGGUUCGAGGCAAUGUGGUUGACAGAUCCGGGGUGCAAGGAAAUUGUCACAAAAGCUUGGGAUUGUAAUGUCGUGGGUACUCCUAUGUAUGCUGCCACGAAGAAAUUGAAGAAGUGUAAAAAGAGGUUGAAGGAGUGGGACCGGGAUCAUUUUGGAAGUGUAAAGAAUAAUAUAAAGAAGCUUAAAGAACAAUUAUGGAAGGCAGAGAUGGAGUCGGUCAGAUCUGGGAGCUAUAAGGAAGCAGCUCAUAUUAAAUCCGAACUUUCAGUUUUGAAGAGGAAAAACUUCAUUAAGGGUUUAAAGGACGAUGAAGGUGUCUGGCAUGAAGAGGAGAACCAAGUUUCGGGUUUGCUUAUUGAGUACUACUCUCAAUUAUUUUCAACCUCACAUCCUCAUGAUUUUGAUCGUAUCCUUGACGGGGUUGAUACAAUUGUUACUGAAGAGAUGAGGGUAGAGUUAGUACGUCCUUACACUUCUGAUAAGGUAGAUGCUGCUAUUGAGGAGAUGGCACCUUUGAAGGCUCCAGGGCCAGAUGGUAUGCCUCCAUUAUUUUAUCAAACCUAUUGGUCGGACGUAGGAGUGGAUGUUCAUCAAGCGGUCCUGUCUAGCUUAAAUUCAGGUUCUAUCUUGAAAUCUAUUAACCAUACUUUCAUUACUUUGAUUCCAAAAGUUAAUAAUCCAAAAAAGGUCUCAGAUUUUAGGCCUAUCAGUUUAUGUAAUGUGAUUUAUAAGAUUAUUAGUAAGGUGAUAGCCAAUCGCCUUAAACCUUUGCUUAAUUCCAUUAUUUCAAAAACACAGAGUGCCUUUACUGCUAAUAGAUUGAUUACUGAUAAUAUCUUGAUAGCUUUUGAGUCUUUACACCAUAUGAAGACUAAUUGCACAGGGAGGAAAGGUUUUAUGGCCCUAAAGCUUGAUAUGAGUAAGGCCUAUGAUCGAGUGGAAUGGGUUUUCCUUGAGAAGAUUCUUUUGAAGAUGGGGUUUCAGGAUUCUUGGGUGGCUUUAAUUAUGGAGUGUAUUCAUACUGUGACUUAUUCAAUCCUUGUUAAUGGAGAGCCGAAGGGUUUAAUUACUCCUUCUAGAGGCUUAAGACAAGGCGAUCCCCUCUCUCCUUUCUUAUUUUUGUUUUGUGCGGAGGGUUUAAAUGCUAUUUUCAGAAGAGCAGCCUUGGACGGAGAGAUUGAGGGUUUUUCCUUAUGUAGGAAUGGUCCAAAACUUACGCACCUUUUCUUUGCAGAUGAUUGUCUUAUCUUUUGCAGAUCGACAUUGGAGGAGUGCCUUAAGAUCCAGUCACUGUUGGACAUCUAUGAAGUGGCUUCAGGCCAGAUGAUUAACAAGGAGAAAACUACGCUAUUUGUCAGCGGAAAUACAGAGACACAAGCGCAAAAUGCAAUCAAAGUGGCACUCAAUGUCCCUGCCAUUCAACACUAUGAAAAAUACUUGGGGCUUCCAUCCUUUAUUGGCAGGGAAAAGAAGGCUUGUUUUACUAAGGUGAAAGAACGAAUAUGGGCGAGGAUGCAAGGAUGGAAGGAAAAGCUUUUGUCUCAAGCAGGAAAGGAGGUUAUGAUCAAGGCUGUAAUUCAAUCCAUUCCUACAUACUCGAUGAGUGUUUUUAAAUUGCCGAUCAGUCUUUGUAAGGAUAUUGAAACAAUGAUUCGCAAAUUUUGGUGGGGGCAAGGUGAUUCAAAAAAAAUACAUUGGGUGAAGUGGAGUUCCUUGUGCUCUUCUAAGUCGAUUGGUGGGAUAGGCUUCAGAGAUAUCCAAAAGUUUAACAAUGCUCUUUUGGCUAAACAAGUAUGGCGGUUGAUCCAUCAAAAAGACACUUUGCUCUACAAGGUUUUUAGUGCGAAAUACUUUCCUCAUGGGAGUAUUAUGGACGCUUCAGUUCCUCAAAAGUGUUCAUAUGCUUGGCGAAGUAUCUUACAAGCUCGGGAGGUCAUUGAGAAGUGUGCUAUCUGGCGUGUGGGCAGUGGUCAUGGGAUAGAUGUGUGGAAGCAUAGAUGGCUCCCAAACCCGACCUACAACAAAAUUAUUUCUCCAAGAAGAGAGUCUUCUGUGUCUUGGGUUAGUGAGUUGUUCUAUCCGGAUACUCGAAUAUGGGAUCCGAGAAAGCUUGAGGAAAAUUUCUAUCCGUGGGAGGCAGAGAUGGUAAGUCAGAUUCAAGUCAGUGCUGGUAGUGUCGAAGAUCUCCUGGUUUGGCCCCUGACUUCUGAUGGUUCCUUCAGUGUUCAUAGUGCUUAUAGAUUCCUGGCUUCGGAAAAUUUUAGCUCUCAACCAAGCUCUUCCUCAGGUAUUGAGCAGCAGCACUUUUGGAAAAAAAUCUGGAAGAUCCGAGCCCCUAAUAAGAUAAAACAUUUCAUUUGGCGUGCGGCAAAAGACGCGCUUCCGACUAAACAGAAUUUGCGUGCUAGACAUAUUCCCAUCGACGAAACCUGUUUUGCUCCCUUGUUUCAGAAAUGGUAUCGAUCGUUUCGGGACUUGCUUGAGGCAGUGAUGCUAAAAUAUUCUCAGUUUCGGGUUGCUCUGUUUUGCACCACAGCUUGGAGUUUAUGGCAGCGGCGUAAUAGGCUCAGGGAGAAGCAGCCAUCAUGGACUCUUCACGAGUUGGGCAGCCGAGCUAAGGCUUAUGUUGUGGAUUUUCUCAACGCGAAUUCUCAGCCUUCACAGGGUUCUUCUUGGAGUGCUCUGGUGUCUUGGUCUCCGCCGAUGGAAUCGCUGGCAGAGGCUAUGGCUGCUCGUCGGGCCCUGUUAUUCGCCAAAGAGCUGAGUUUGUUUGAUGUGGAGAUAGAAGGGGAUUGUUCAAGGGUUCUUGCUGCUCUGAACAUGGCGAGGAGCUGUAGCACUUUAUUUGGUCAUGUGAUUGAUGAGUGCAAGAGUCUAGGGGCGUCGCUCCGUUCUUGCAAGUUCAAUCACGUUAUGAGGGAAGGGAAUAGGUUGGCGCAUGCUUUAGCUAGGAGAGCAGUUAUAUCUGCAGACACGAAUGUAUGGGUAGAAUUUCUACCUAGUGAUUUGGAUAAUGUAUUCCAAUCGGAUUUGAUUCAAUAA